AUGGAGUUAUCAAAACAUUUAUCUUGCUCUCCUCCCUCAGGCUUCCUUCGAGGUGAGGCUUCUCUCAGUGGUUCAUGUUAUAAGCUCAUAACCAAGGCUGAGACUUGGAGCAACGCUAACGCCAAAUGCAAAAGCCUCGGAGCUCAGCUGAUAAAGAUCGAAUCAGCUUUCGAGAACGACUUCCUAACUCAAGCCUUUUUCAAAGGAACAUCGGAAGCUUACUGGAUUGGACUGAGCGAUCAGGUGCAUGAGGGAAAAUGGAUCUGGACUGACGGUAGCUCACUGGGAGCCAAUGAUUACAGCCAUUGGGGAAAUGAUAACCCCAAUAACUAUGGCAGGAAUCAAAAUUGUGGGCAGAUUGUGAGAGGAGAUUUCAAAUUGGGAUCACUUCAGUUGAAAGGUUUUAAAGAUGGAGAGUGGAAUGACUUCAGGUGUGAUUUUCCUCUCGGCUAUAUCUGCGAAAAGAAAAUAUACUCUGAAGAGAAUGAGUAGCAAAAGCACCAGUUAAUUACCGCUGCUAUUUAUCCCUGAAUGAUGGCUGAGCCUGU